CGCGAUACACGGUGAGGUCCUUCGGGAUCAGGAGGAACGAGAAGAUUGCUGUUCACUGCACGGUUCGUGGGGCCAAAGCAGAGGAGAUUCUGGAGAAGGGGUUGAAGGUGCGAGAAUACGAGUUGAGAAAAAACAACUUCUCAGACACUGGGAACUUUGGCUUUGGGAUCCAAGAGCACAUCGACCUGGGCAUUAAAUACGACCCCAGCAUUGGUAUCUACGGCCUGGACUUCUACGUGGUGCUGGGCAGGCCUGGGUUCAGCAUUGCUGACAAGAAGCGCAGGACUGGCAACAUCGGGGCCAAGCACAGGAUUGGGAAGGAGGAGGCCAUGCGCUGGUUUCAGCAGAAGUAUGAUGGCAUCAUCCUUCCUGGUAAAUAAGCAGUUCCCGUUACCAAAAAAAGCAAAUAAAAUUUUAUAACCCCUAA